UGUGGAUAAAAUGUGACAUUUUCUUAAAGCAAUUUUUCACGUAUUUUGGUGUUGACCUUUCGUGUGAAAUUUCUAAUCUUAUUUAGUUUGUUCAAGAAACUGAGAAUAAAUCAGACAAAUAUCUGUGUGAUGUCAUUAUCUAGUAUUUUACCUUCGCCGUCGAACCCAGUUUGGGACAGGGAAGAUGAGCGCCGCGUAGCACAGAAAUCGAAGAUAGUCGGAGCGCCUAUGGGUGCGUUGGUAUCAGCAAAGAUUGCUGCACCACCGUAUUGCCAGCGUAAGGAUUGGAUACCGCGUACAGAAGCGGAUUUCGGGGAUGGUGGUGCUUUCCCUGAAAUUCAUGUGGCACAAUAUCCACUGGGUAUGGGAAGUCCCUCUAAUUUAAACAAGAAGUCAAAUGCUUUGGCUGUGCGUUUGGAUGAAAAAGGAAAAAUAAAAUAUGAUGCUAUUGCCCGCCAAGGCCACGGGAAGGAUAAAAUAGUUUAUUCUUCAAUUACGCAGUUGCUUCCCGCUGAAGUGCUUGCUGAAGACGCUGAAGAAUUACAGCGUCCUGAUGCCGAGACAGUUGAAGACACCACCGAAGAAACGAGACGCGCUUUGGAGAAAUUGACAAAUGCAAAGAUAGCUGCAGCUAUGCCUGUCCGUCAUGCCGAGAAAACUGCUCCAGCGCAGUAUAUACGCUAUACACCUUCUCAACAAGGUGAUGCUUUCAAUUCCGGAGCGAAGCAACGCGUUAUACGCAUGGUGGAGGCACAACAAGAUCCAAUGGAACCGCCAAAAUUUCGGAUUAACAAGAAAAUACCACGUGGACCACCAUCGCCCCCAGCACCUGUGCUGCAUUCGCCAUCGCGCAAGGUUACAGUUAAAGAGCAAAAAGAAUGGAAAAUACCACCUUGCAUCUCAAAUUGGAAAAACGCGAAAGGUUAUACAAUUCCUUUGGAUAAACGAUUGGCAGCCGAUGGACGUGGAUUGCAGCAAGUUCACAUUAGUGAAAAAUUUGCAAAAAUGGCAGAGGCUUUAUAUAUAGCUGAUCGUAAGGCGCGUGAGGCGGUAGAGGCGCGUGCUACACUCGAGAAGAAAUUGGCACAGAAAGAAAAGGAAAAGAAAGAGGAUAUGUUAAGAAUGAUGGCACAGCGUGCACGAGAGGAACGUGCUGGACUGCGUCAACCCGAAGACCCAGCUGCAAUUAAUCCAGAAACACGUGAGCGUAACGAGCUAAGAGCUGAACGUCACCGUGAACGCCAACGAGAUAGAAAUUUGGCUCGAGCUGCACCAGAGAAACGGUCGAAAUUGCAGCGUGAACGUGAACGAGACAUUUCCGAACAAAUAGCACUUGGUAUGCCUGCAAAAACAUCUGGUAAUGGUGAAACAUUAUUUGAUCAACGUCUCUUCAACACCACAAAGGGUAUGGAUUCAGGUUAUGGCGACGACGAAGCAUAUAAUGUGUAUGACAAGCCGUGGCGUGAUUCCAAUUCAUUGGCUUCUCAUUUAUAUCGGCCGAGCAAGCAGAUAGAUAAUGAUGCAUACGGCGCGGACUUGGACCGCAUUGUGAAUACACAAAGAUUUGUACCAGAUAAAGAGUUUUCAGGUACUUCUCGAGGUGCAGGUGGUGCCGCCCAGCGUUCUGGCCCAGUACAAUUCGAGAAGGAGGAGGAUCCAUUCGGCUUAGAUCAGUUCUUGAACAUGGCUAAGAAAGCACCAAAGCGUUCAGAUGAUAAGGGCGAUCGCUCCAAUUCCGAGAAGAAGCGCAGAAAAGACUAAAGAAACAGCUGAACACAUUCAUUAGUUGUAUAAGUUAUAUGUAGUUUCUUUAGUUUUCGUUUGACGGCCACUCAAAAUAUUUAAAUGUAGGAAAUUUUGAAAACAGUUUACUUAAUUUAAUUUGUCGGCGUUUCCUAUAUAUGGAGUGAGUUAUGCAAGCAAAUAAAAUGUGCAUUGAAUAUGUACUUCAUCUCGUUUAGUUAUUUAACUUAAAACUACAAUUUGAGUUAAGUAAUUUGCCAUUAAAAGUUACUUCGUUAAAUAUCUAUUUUCAGGAAUAUACAUUAAAUACUUUUGUUUACUUUCAAUCGAAAAUGUAUCGUUCUACUUUCUCAUAUAGCAGUUAAAAGAUUGCAUAUAUAUUUUUUUGAUAUUAGUAAAUAAUCCCAACGGUUUCGAUAGAAAAAUAUUAAACUAUCUAUGAAACUUUGUAUCGUACUUCAUUGGAAAAGCAAUUCAAAUACCUUUAUUUCUGGGUAAAUAACUUUUCUUAUGAGUUUGUGAGAAAAUAAAAUGUUGAUGAAAAUAUACGA